AUGAGUCAGCCCCCGGGUCCGGGUGCUCCGGGUUCGGCCCAGUCGACGAACCCAUUUGCGCCGCAGCCAACACUUCUGCAGCCUACAUUCCAACGGGAGGAGACCGCGGCUCCGCAGCAGGCAGCUCCGCCCCAGGGCGGACCCGUGCUCAUCUCCCAGCCCGGGGAGGAACGACCCGUGAUUGGCAGGGAGGAUGGUAGUCCAAGGGUGGCACCUGCCCCGGUCGAGUAUCAGGUGACGCACACGCAGUUCGCGCCUCAGCCAAUGCCGCAUCAGAAUGUGUUCUACCCGAGCGUGCCCCACGGCUCGAGCGCGGCGGCGCACUACGGCCACCAGUACGGGCACCACAGGCAGGCGAUGAGGGAGGGCGGCGGCUACGUGGUGAUGAUGCCGGAUGGUCGGAGCGUCACGGUGAGCGAGGACAGCGGAUCGCUCGAGAUGUUGAUCACGCGACAGUACUCGCGUGCUCUGCGAAUCUUCGCGUUCAUUGACAUUUUGCUCUGCAUCCUGUACACCCUGAGCGGUUACUACUGGGCGAUCUUUGCCGUGGUUGGUCCCAUCUGCGGAUACUACGGUGCCAAGCACUACCACACGGGAAACACGCUGGUCUACUUGACCUUCUGCUUCUUUAAUCUAAUACUGCGUUGCUCUCUUCUGGUGAUGAGCAGGGGCGCCGUAGCUGUUGUCCUCACGGUGUUGAUGGUGAUAGUCGAGGUUUACAUCACGCGCUUAGUUAUCAUCUUCUACAAGUUGCUCAAAUCGCUGAGUGACGAAGAUCUCACGCUUCUGCGUGUGCUGGACAACGCGGCGCCAGUACGACCCAUGUACUACUAG